AGCUAUCAACCUCUUACGAGCUCCAUUAGCGCGCGCUUCGGUUUUGAUCGGUUCGAUUUUGGAUUGGUUUUGUUAUUCCAUAUUGUUAUCGAAGUUGAGAGGCUGAGUAAUGUGAUUGAUCGCUGCCAGUGCUGCAACUUGCAAUUGAGUGGAGAAAUAAUUAGAAAAGUAAAAGUGGAAAAGCAGAAAACCCGAAGUGAAAAAUGUGGCCAGUUCCCAGUCCCAGCGGCUUCUGCCCGGGAAAGUGCACAACGGAUUCGCCACUCGCGAAGCAUAGAUAAAAUGAUAAUACGCCAAGGCUGAUUUGUGUAUGAAAGCGUGAAAGAUAAUACCCAGUGUCGCUCUAUUCCUUACAUAACAUUUUGAAUUGGUCUAUUAGCAUACAGAUGAAAAGAAGUGAAACACUGAAAUUGAUUGAUUUAAAGCUCCAUUAAUUGAGCACUUCGGAUGCAAAUAUUGGAUUUGGAUUUCACACAAACGGACGCAAUGAACGGCCUCAAAAUGCCCGGGGGCAACAGCAACAUCACCAUCAGCAGCAGCAGCAGCAGCAUCUGCAGCAGCAACUUCUUGGCCGACUGCUACGUGGAUAGCCUAGAACGUGAUCGCUUUCUGGCCAAGAUCAGAGCAAGCCAACGCGAUGGCGAUGUCACCUGUCUUGGAUGCGGCUGCCAAAGCCGCUGGCCGUGAUCUCAAUGGAAAUGCAGCAGCAACAGCAACAGCAACACGAACAGCAGCAGCAACAACGCCGCGCAAAACGAAAAAGACAAUUAUCAAUUGGCUGGUGAAUAGUGACAGUGACAACAACAAUCGGUCGACGUGCGAUAAGGCCAACAAAGAUAUUCAAAAUCAAAAUACAAAUCAAAAACCGAACACCCAACCAAAUCCGAAUCAAAAUUGCAGCUGCGAAUCGCGCGCAUUUCGCGAUUUCCGCGGUGUGCAAACCCUGCGAUUGCUGUGGAGCAAGCGCAUCAAAAGUGCCAGCGAGGAUCACAGUCACGCCACCGCGUCCUCCUCCUCGCUGGGCACUUUAAAAAAGUUAAAUAAGAGUGUUAGUUGUCUGGUGAACGCGUUUAAUAACUCACGCGAUUGCGCCUCGCCGGAAAAAACGCUAGCAAAACGCGCGGCCAGUCUGCACAAUCUGCACGAUUCGCAUACGAAACAGCUGCGAUUGCAGCGUGAUAAAGACAAUUUCUACAAGUACAAAAACGCCGAACAGGCCAAAAUGCAGGCCAAGUUAAGGAGCAACGCGGACGAAGCGAUUUUAAACGCCAGCGAAACGCGUGCGAAACGUGACGACAGCAGCGAUAUCAGCCCAACCAAACAAUAUAACAUGGCAGCCUUAUCAGCCGUAGAUAAGGUUGCGAAAGAUGGGGGGCAGGAGGGGCAGGAGGAGGAGGAGGAGGAGCGGGUGGAACUGCGGGCCAAACGGGAGCGUAAUCGUCUUGAGCGUUUCAGUCUCAGCGCGGCGAGCGCCCAAAGUGGCGGCAGUAGCGAAUCGCUUCAAACCACCACCUCGUCCAGCGCCACCCCCAACACGGUGACGUCAUCGACGGGCCGAUCGGGCGGACGUCGCAAAUAUAGCUUUAAAACCCAUGCCGGAAAGUCAUACCAUCAGCAUCACCAUCCAACGCGUAGGCUAACCAAUAUGGAUUCGCAUUCCUCGAGUGGUGGCAACAUCAGUUUGGUGACCAAACUCACCCACCAGUUCAACGAAAUCAUCCAGAAAGAUGCGAGACUUCUGGAGCAGGUCAAGCGGAACAAUGGGGUGUGGCUAUCCCGGGGCACGCAUGUCUACAAGAUCGUGGAGAAGUCAUCGGCGGAGGGAAAGGGAUCACAGACGUCCGAAGAAAACCGUAUCUCCACCGUUCAGCGAAAUAUCAAAAAGUUCGAAAGGUUGGAAAAGCCUAGUGUACCCAUCAAAAGCGAACACCUGAUACGGAAACAUCUGGAGCAGAUGAAGGCCAGUAAUCUGCCACGGGGUCCUCGAAUCAAACGAAAUCUCAAGCUACCACCUGGUAGUGUGGGCAUUCCAGAACUGGCGGUGGUCAGCGAGGAACAAAAGACACCGAAUCUAACUAAUUCCGCAGAGCAAGCUAAGCAACCAAAGUCAAGCACAACUGAAACUGAAUCACUGCCCAGCAAUUCCAGCAAUCAACAAGAACUGAAUCAGACGAAUGGCAGACCGAGAACCAGUGAUGAGCUGGAUUCGAUGUUGGGAGAGGAGGAGGCCGAGGAGGAUCUACGUCAGAAGCAGCGGAAGCACAAGUACGCUUCCAUAUACGAGAAACUCCGGUUUACCUUCGCGAAAGGUAGGAAAUCAGCGAGUCCUUCGCCCACGAAAGGCAGAUCCCGGGAGGAGAUAUCCAUUGACGAGGAAUCGCUACCCAAGGAGAAUAUAGUCCAAGGAAAAGCUCCCAAGGAGGAGGGUUUCGCAGAGGAAACACCCACGCAAAAGAUAAACAGGAAAGAAGACUUCCAUUUGGAUAUUCCCAGGGAGGUGAAGGCCCGAGCAGAAGAUUUAGAAGAUCCCUCACAGCCUCUGCUGAUAUCGCCUUGCAUGGAAGCCGAUGCCAAAAUCCUAGACGCCCUGGAAGCACUAGACCAAAAACUCAAGGUUCUCAAUCCCCUAAAUGAAGCGGCACCCGAAAAUGGUGAACGUGAACUCCUCCUGGCUGCCAACGAUGACUUCGAACAGCGCAUCCUGCCCAACAGCUCCUUUGUUUACCAGGCAGCCAAUAAGCAGAUCUCCAAUAACCAAAUCCUGCUCAACCAGGCGGUGAAUGUAACACUGGUCAAUGCCAUCGAGGGUGAGCAGAUGAUCAUGGAGCAGAAGCAGCUGAUGAAGGUCAUUGAGGAGGAAGAUAAGCUAAAGGAUCAGGGUCUGCAGAAGGAGGGGGAGAUCCUUGAACCUGAAUCCAUCUACGAACCCAUCACACCUGUUAUCAAUGAAACCAAGACUGAAACGCCGGCUUCCAGCCUCUUCAAGAUUUACGCCAAGAAGUCGGAGAUCGUGGAGGACAUAUAUCAAACGGUGGAGGAGGCGGCCAUUGCCAAAGCCAAGCCGAAUAACUGGCUGGAGGGCUACGAAUCCAUUGCGGGAUCCCAGGAGGCGUGUACCUCGGCGUACGAUGGCUACGAGUCCUUUGCUCAGGAGGAGGUGCUCCUCACACCCACAACUCCCUCGGGCACUGGAACCUUAGGCCGGAAUACCCGCGAUGAGCUGCCGGAACUGCCUAAACCCAAGAGAGUACUUAACAAAUCACCCAUGCCCUUGCGUCCUGCUCCACCGAAACCGGAACCCAAAGAGUCGGAGGAGGAUGAGAACAUAUACGACACCAUCAAGGGCUGCUACGAAUCCAUGCACUGCAAGGCACCGACGUCUUCCUCCGGCGGAGGAGCCACCCUCCCCACAGAUGCCAUUUCCCUGGGCUCCAACUGCUACGAGAGCAUCACCCACUUCCGUAAAACUCGAAUGGCAAUGGGUCAGAACCAGGCGCCGGGAUCCGCGGGCAGUUGCAUCCAGCUCUCGAGCAGUGGCUCCACGCUGACCAUCUCCUCGGAUCACAAGACCAACAGUCUGUACGAGUCCUCGCUGGCGGCCACCGGAUGUGUGGCAUACGGGAGCGCCAGUGUGGGAUGCCGCUCGUCCUUGGGCAGCAGUGCCGGCAGCAGGGAGGGGGGCAAACCGGGCGACAAGCGAUCCUCGAUAGCGGGCUCCAGUGACAACAGCGACGCCUGGGUGGACAUCUCGGAUGGGGAGAUCGGUCAGGCGACAAUGGAGGCGGCGGCCAACGAAGCCCAGUUCAUUGUUGUACGGGAAAGGUUUAAGCCGCAUCGCACCCGGAGUCCAGAUUGGUCGAAACGCAUCAGAGAUAAAAGACUGCAACAAAAGAAGGCGAUAAGCUGCAUAGAGGAUGACUCAGACCACUAUUACGAGACGCUGUCGCCACUCGGAAACAAGCGCCAUUCGACGCAACUAGUGCGCCACGGCCAGAAUACGAGUGGCAACGGUGGGAUGCGCUCCUCGCACCGCCGGAGCAAGAACCACACGGCAUCCGCCCACACGCUGGGCGAGCACGUGGUCAUCUCGGCUGACUACGACUCCUUCGAGUCGGACAGCGACGAUCAUGGCGAUGGUGAGCCCAACCAGCGGCUACGAAACCACAACGACAGCGGCGUGGACAUGCGCAACCACCGCCUACCGAAACCACCUCCUCCGCCAAACCAGGUGUACGAGUUUGUUCGCAAAUUCCGAGACUUUAUCUCCAGCAAGAAAUCUCCAAAGGGUAGCCAGCAGAAGCUGUACGAGAAUACCCCGGCGGCCACGCAGUUCUACGUGGAGAGCGCCAAACGGACGGAGGAGGUGUACGAGAACACAGAGUACGGACCGGAACGGAGUCCUGCACCCACGGGCCACCAGGAGACGGCUCCCGUGCUGAGGGCCAAGCAGAAGAACGCCAAGAGCCUUCGCUCCCGUCUGCGCAAGAGUCUGGUCGGCUCCAGCUUCGAUACCAAGCAGCUAUCCUCGCUGGCGGCGACACGGAGCACCUUCUACGUGGAGGACCCCGAGGGAUCACUGCCAGCCCUGCCAUUGGAGCCGGAGAUGCACGGGUCCGGGGAACUGGACUCGGGCUUCUCCGAGAAACACUGUACCCCCACGGCGGAGUCGCAGAAGUUCUCCACGGUGGCUCGCAAGGCCAAGAAGGAGGUGAAAGCCAGCAGGCGUCGCACCACCAUCGGACUGAGACCCCAUGAUCCACCGCCACCACCGCCUCCACCGCCAUUAGCCGGCAGCAAAUCGCCAACGGAUACGGAACGGGGACUAGAGUCUGGAGAGACCCCCUCGUGGUAUGCCGAAUGCGGCGUCUUUAAGCAGGCCCCCAAUGCAACGGGAUCGGCGAGGGUGGGCGAUGAACCGGUCACCCCCACGCCCAGCGGUCAUGGCGGCGUUAGCUCCUGGUAUGCGGAAUCGGGUCUCUACCAGACCAGCGGCAUUUCCGUAGCCAGCUCCAGUGGCAGCUCCGGCGUCUCCACCGGCAACGAAGCGGGAUUGGGCGACGAGCUGUCCUCGGAGCCACACAGUCUUUUCUCCAACGAACCGCUCUACCAAAUGUACAGCGCCGCCAAAUUGGAGUCGAUCACCCGCGACCUGGAGGCGCAUGGAUCCUCGGAUGGCUACGAGGAGAUCGGCCAGCACGCCAAGGCGAAGCCGGAGCCGCUGGCCAAGACUCGCCCCACCGCCCUCCAGCUGGUGGAGCCCAAGAACGGACCGUCGCGCACUCUUUGGAGCGAGAUUCCCGAGGUCAUACACUCUUGCAUACUGCCCACUCUGACCAGUCGGGAACGCAGUCUGCAGGAAGCCAAGUUCGAGAUCAUCACGUCGGAGGCCAGUUACCUCAAGUCGCUGAACCUGCUGCGGCGGCACUUCAUGAACCACAGCGCCUUUGUGGACACAUCCGUACUGAGUGCCAAGGACCGGAAGGCACUCUUCUCCUACAUCGUGCCCGUGCACGAGUGCUCGGAGCGGCUGCUGACUGAACUGGAGGCCUGCUGGCAGGACAACAUCAUGCUGCUUGGACUGAGUCGCUGCAUCUACGAGAUCGCCGAGCGGCAUUUCCACGUCUACGUGGCCUUCUGUGAACACCAGGGCAGGAUGGACAGGGCACUACGCCGCCUUAAGGAGUCCAAGGAGUCUCUGGCCUUCCAGCAGCACCUGGAGCGCCUGGAAGCGAAUUCCAGCUGCUGUGGUCUCAACCUGCACUCGUUCCUGAUGCUGCCCAUGCAAAGGAUCACCCGCCUGCCGCUCCUGAUCGACGCAGUGUUCAGCAAGGAGUCACCGCUGAAUCGCGAGGAGUACGAGGGAUGGAAGCUGACGCUGGCUCUCGUCCAGAAAAUAGUUGGCCAGUGCAACGAGGCGGCCAAUCGUUGGGAACAGGCCUUCGAGCUGGAGCGGAUUGCCAGCCAGUUGGAAUUCCCCGCCCAUGUGCGGGCCUUAGCCAUUGCCCCGGUGGGAGUGCCGCGGGCGGGCGCCAAGCCACGAUUCCUGGUCAAGCGGGGCGAGCUGACCCACCUGGUGUGGCGCGGCGAGGACGCCAAGCUGACCUUCGGCAAGCGCCUGACCAAGGCCAGCAUCUACGCCUUCCUCUUCUCGGAUCUCCUUUUGCUGUGCAAGCGGCGCGGGGAGUCCAGCUUUAGCGUCCUAGACUAUUGCCCCAGGAGCAUGCUGACCCUCGCUGCCGGUGACUCGCUGCCCCAGUUGCCCACCAAGGACCUCAAGGACCAGGCCGGCAAGAACCUCAUCCUGAUGACGCUGCUCGAGAACAGCGAACGCAAGACCGUCGAGUUGGUCCUGUCCUGUCCCUCAGUGUCUGAUCAACAGCGUUGGCUGCAGGCCAUGCGACCGCCCGAGGCGGAGACGCCCGGCGAGAAGCUCUACGAGUCCUGGGACUGUCCUCAGGUGGUGGCCAAGCACAGCUACGAGAUCGACGAGCCUGACGUCCUCCAACUGGAACUGGGCGACGUCGUCAAUGUUUCGCGAAAGCUGCCUGAUGGCUGGUACCAGGGCGAAAGAAUACGAGAUGGCGCCGUCGGCUGGUUUCCCGGAAGCUACACCGAGGAGCUCAACUCGGCCCACGUCCGGGCUCGCAACCUGAAGCAGCGGCACCGCCUGCUCACCUUCACGGCCACUUACCUGGAGUCGCAGAAGGCCAAGUGACCCGAUCGCCGGGUCCACCAGAGCUCUAGCCCCUCCUAGAGGUCGAGUUUUAUGCUGAGCAAGCAAGCAACGCCAACUCCAUAGUCCGAAAACACUCUUAAGUGAACUACCAUAAAUAGCUGUACACUGUAGGAAAUGUGAUAAUUAUUUAAAUCGAUGUUAAUGCUGAUAAAUUGGGAAUCUUAAAAAAAUGUCUUUCCCUACCGAGUAAGCAAUAGCGAGUUAUUGUAUUUAUGUAUACCCCUUUAUGUAUGUUUAAGCGAAUUAUUAAUAAACAAAGAAAAUAAAACAAAUCAACCAAAAAA